AAGAGGAGCUUCUAUUACGAGUGAAACCCUAGUCCUCACUCUGCCGUAUCCCUCCCAGUCCGAGCCGAUAGCUGCCAUCACCGCCGUCGCCGCCCUUUGUCUGUACUACAUCGCCGGCCACCUCCGUCGUCGCCGCCGAUAUAUCUUCAGGGAAUCUGUGUUUCAGAAGAUUAACUUAUUGCAGUUAGCCUUGUCUAAGAAAUGGCUCUACAACUUUUUGACGGCAGUGAUUCAGAGAAUGAUGACAUCUCAAAAAUCAAGAUAAAUGAGGAAUAUGCUUGUAGGUUUGAGCACAACAAGAGGCGAGAAGACCUCCAACGUUUUGAGGAAUUGAAAAAGAAGGGCGUUAUUGAUUCAGCUUCACCCUCUAAAGAUGAUGAUGAAUUUGAUUCAGAGUCAUCUGAUGAUGAUGAAAUUGAGAAUCAUCUCAAUUCUAGGAGUGACAAGGAAUUCUUUGAUGCCUUAGUUAAGGUGAAGAAGCAAGAUCCUGUUCUUAAGCAAAAAGAUGUCAAGCUUUUUGAGUCUGAUCAUAGCAGUGAAGAUGAAAGCGAUGAAAACAAAAAAAGUAAAUCGAAAGACAUGAAGGAUAAAAAGCCAAAGCCAAUGUAUUUAAAGGAUGUGACGGCAAGGCAUUUGAUUGAAGAUGGACCAGAUUUUGAUGAUGAAGAGGAGGAAAUAAAUGAAGAAGAGAAAGGCAAAUUAGAGAUUAGUAAGGAUAAGAAGGCAAUUCGUUUGAAGGAUAAAAAGACAAAGCAUUUGGUCUUGGAGGGGUCAAGUUUUGUUAAUGAAGAUGGGAAGAAGACUUAUGGUGAAGAGCAAGAGGAGUUGAAAAAGGCUCUUCAGGAAGCAGUAGAGGGUUUGGAAGAUGAUGAAGAGGAUUUUUUCAUUACGAAGGAGAAUGCAGGUGAGGAAAAAGUAGAAAGUGGUGACAAGGAAUUUGAGGAGAAAUUGGGAGAGUAUUUUGGUGAAGAUGUACAGUUGGAUGAAAAUUCGAGAUUUCUAAAAAGCUAUUUCAUGAACAAGAUGUGGAUGGAUAAGAAUGGGGAGAAGUCGAAUGUUGGAGAGGAGGAGUUGCAAGAGAUUUCAGAGGAUGAGAUGGAGAUUGAAAGACAGGAAGAAUAUGAGUACAGGUUUCAGGAAAAUCCGGGAGAUAGGGUGUUGGGUCAUGCUCGGAAGGUGGAGGGAUCAGUGAGGAAGAAGACAAAUACGAGGAAAGAGCAAAGAAAGAGCAAAGAGGAGAGAAUGGCAAUAGCACAAAAGGAGAGGGAGGAGGAGUUGAAGCAUUUGAAGAAUUUGAAGAAGCAGGAGAUACAGGAGAAGGUUAAGAAGAUAAUGAAGACUGCUGGGAUUGAUGAUAAUGAUAUUAUCCCAUUGUCUGCUGCAGAAUUAGAAGAGGAAUUUGACCCAGAGGAGUAUGAUAGAAUGAUGAAGAAAGCAUUUGACGAGAAAUAUUAUCAUGCAGAGGAUGCUAACCCUGAAUUUUGUAGUGAUGAUGAUCACAUGGAGAAGCCAGAUUUUGAAAAGGAGGAUGAACUGCUUGGGCUUCUUAAAGGCUGGGAUGCAUGUGGAUCUGAUGAUGGGUUUUUGGCUGCACGAGAAAAAUCAUUGAAAGAAAAGAUUGAGAAUACUAGUGAUGAUGAUAUCAUGGAGGAAAGUGAAGAUGAAAAAGAAGAGAAGGUUCCCAAGGAAGGUACUCGUAAGAGGAAGCAUAAAACAGCACUUUUGGAGAAAGCAAGACAGGCAAUGAUGGAUGAGUACUAUAAGUUAGAUUAUGAGGACACAAUUGGAGACUUGAAGACAAGAUUUAAGUAUGCCAAAACAAAGCCACAGAGGUUUGGCAUGAAUGCUGCAGAGGUAUUAGUGAUGGAUGACAAUGAAUUGAAUCAAUAUAUUUCCUUGAAAAAACUUGCUCCUUACCAGGAGGAGGAAUGGAAGCUUAGCAAACAAAAAAGGUAUAUGCUGAAGAUGAGGGCUAAGGAGCACAUACGCACUGCAAUAUUAGCUAAGAAGCAAAAUAAGAAGUCGAAGGUUGAUUCUGGCAAGUUAACUUCAUCAAAUGGUACUGCAGAGAAAGAAAAAACAAGCACAGAAGAAUCAAAUAGCAGUAGGGAUAAUCUGUCAAGGAAAGCUAGGAGAAAGCAAAACAUGGCUAAUGUGAAGUUACCACCCUCGAGACUUCUAGCAUAUGGAAAGAUACCCUCAAAAUCUAAGCGUGGAGGCAAGCACUAGUGCCGCAGCAGAAGGAACCAGCUAUAACCAAGGAACUUCAAUUUAAGAAGAGUAUUGGAACAUGAUAUUCCAAAAUACAAUGUAGUGUGGAUGUGUUGGCCCAAGUUUUUCAUAGUGGGAAGUUUUGCUUGCCUUCGUAGUUUUGUCCAUUGAAUACAUUAUUCCUGUGGAAUUUGUCAGUCAUAGUGACCGGCAAUUCAGUUUUGACCAAAAUUUGUGCUUGUGUUUUCAUUAUUGCAUUUCGAUACACUUCUCAUUAAAAAAUAAAACUGAGAACCAAGUUUUUGCUUUU